UCAUGAUUCAAUAAUUUAGGGCAGGCCAAGCAAAAGAAUUGAAAGUCGACUGAUGGCAUUUGAAAAGCUAUAGUAGACAAACUCAACUUCUUAUUGAUCGAGCGAUAUUAGUCAGGCAAACUAAUGAACUCUUAUUGACAGACCCAAGAGCAGUUUAAGAUUAUCAUUAUCAUUUCAGCACUGUUCCUGUAGCUCAGUGGUGGAGCAAUAUAUAACCAGCAAAAAGGUGGUGCGGUCCAUUUCAACUUUUUUUUUUAAAAAACAUGAUUAACUUUCCUAAGUGAAACACACAGAUCUUCUUUAAAGUCUUUGGUGAGAUAUAAAGGCUGUGGAGAUUGAAUGAAGUGGCGAAUUUCUGACAGUCGUCAUGGCAACUGAUGAACAAAACUUGCCCUUCCUCCGCUCGAGGACCGCCGCACCUGACGAACGACGCACCUGUGCGUGACAGCUGGGCCAUAAUGCCGUGACGUCAGCAGGAUACCAACAAACAUGGCCACACUGAGCACAAAGCCAAGUUUACGUUACAGUGUUUCUGACUGGGUGACCAACAAUAAACAGAUCUUCGAAACUGCUGAGCACAAGCGAAACAUUUCACACGAUCUACGUCAGGAAGGAAGGGUUCUUCGCAAUGAGACUGCCAAUAAGACAAACUGGGAUAACUAUGAUAGCAGCCGGCGACUGAGUGACAGAAUCAAUGAUGUCACACGUUGGAAAGAAAAUCUCAAAGCCUGUGCACAGGAAGUGGAUGCAGAAAUGGAGGCUCUUACUCUGUCCAAGCAGGAGACCGAACGUGCCCUGGCAGCCACCGUUCUGCCCCUUGAGGUCACAGCCGAGUGCUUGACCCUGCGGGAAGGUCGUCGUGGAAAGGAGCUGGUCAGUGACCCGGUGGAAGCUGAGCUUAAGAAAGAAGUUGAGGUGAUUGAUGGAGCACAACGGGUCCUGCAGCAGUGCAUCGAUCAGGCUUUUGAGCAACUGUGUCGCCUACAGGAAGCACGCCAGCAGCUGACCAUCGACCUUCAGGAUAAAAUCGAAGCUCUUGAGGUGGACAUGUCGUGCUUGUCUCUCACAAUACAGUCACCAGAGAUCUCCUUGAAGCCCAACCCCACUAGAGUUCCUCUAGGUUCCACAACACCCCAGCAGUGGGAGCAGUUCAGCCGCUACAAUGUUGCCCGUGCAAAGGAUGAGAUGCACACCUCUAUGCAGAUAAGAGAGAAUAGCAGUCUUACAAGAGCACAGGUGCAAAAUGAUUUGGAAGCCCAGCACAAGGCUGUAGAGUUUGCUCUCCGUAAGCGAACCCAUCACCAGGAACAAGCCAACCAGGAACUGCAGUGGCAGCUGAAAACUACUCAGGAUGAGAUUGUUGAGCUGGAGAAAGACAUCAAUGGCCUGGAGGAAGAUAUGAAGGCCAAGAUGGCACCUUUACAGCUGGUGCACACCCGUCUGGAGAACAGGACCAAGAGGCCCGGUAUGGACCUGUGCAGAGAUGAGGUACAAUUUGGGUUGGUGGAUGAAGCCAAACAACUGGAAGCUACAAUUCUGGCCCUGAAACAGAAACUAGCACAGGCCCGACACUCUCUACUGUCUCUGAAGCAGCAUGAAGCUCACAUGAUGGAGAAUCUGUCUCGUAAGCAGGACGCCCUGUCAUUGGAGCAGCGCAGCAUUCAGACUCGGCAGCGCCUCACUUUGGUUAACAGCGCCCAAACUGAGAGACUUUCUUCAGCUGUGGUUCCCUUAACCAACUCUAGUGGCAGACACAAACUGGAUCUGGCUUGAGUAACUUGGUCUAGACCAAAUGUUUGGUCUUGAACCCAAAAAUGGAUCACGGGUCUUUUCUGAUAAAGCUGUGGGAAGCCGAUGCUAAAUGCUAAAAUGUGACUAAGCGUAUCAUAGGGAUUCAACAAUACAAAGUUUCUGUGUCGAUACUGAUGUUCGAUUACUUAAAAUCACAUCUGCCCUGUCCUGAUCAUCGGCUGUUUUAAGCAAUCUGCCGAUAUUUGAUAAAGAGAAAAAAAUGGCUGUUUUCUGCCUAUACAGAUUAUUGGUGCAUCCAUAGGAGUAGCUUGAGAUUUGAGCAUGGGGGACCAGAGGGGGUCUGUCGUAGUAUCUACACCAGAACAAGUGUUAUGAUUUUUACAGCAAGCUAAAGUUAAUUGAAAUGAAUUAUAAACAUUUCCGUUGACUACAUUAAAAUAACAUUGCCUGAAUGUUAGGUAAAAAAACAUGAUAAUAGAAUUUAUAUUUAGCAACCAUAAUACACAGUUAGAAGUAAAGAAUGAGAAUUAUUUUUAUUUUUUAAGUACUAUAAUCAGUGAAUUUAUCAGUAAUUGUAACUGUUUUUGUUAUAAACAGUGAUCAAAUAUUGAAGCACCCUAAAGAGGGCUGACAAAGAUUAAUCGCGAUUAAUCGCAUACAGAAUAAUAGUUUGUUUUUGCAUAAUAUAUAUUAUUUAGAUAUAUUUUAUAUUAAAUAUAGAUUAAAAAAAUAUAAAUGCCUAAUUUUUCUUAAAUGUAUACAUGUAUGUGUGUAUUUAUAUAUACAAAAUAAUUACUCACAGUGAACACACAUAUAUUGUGCAAAAACAAACUUUUAUUUUGUAUGCGAUUUAAUCUUUUGACAGCCCCCUAAUCCUAAAUCAUAGGGGCAGUAUCUCGGACAGGGAUUGGACUAGUCCUAGACUAAAAUAAAUGUAAGAGCUGUCCAAACUGAAAACAACUUGCACUGACAUAUCUUAAAAGGCAUGUUUCUUCAAACUAGUUAUAUUUCAUAAUUAAAGGAAAACACCACCGUUUUUCAAUAUUUUACUAUGUUCUUACCUUAACUUAAACCAAUUAAUAAUAUCUAUCUUUUUCAAUGCGUGCACUUUUAAUCGUUGUACAGCACCUCAUGAAUGUGUUAGCAUUUAGCCUAGUCCCAUUAAUUUCUAUGGCUCCAAAGAGGGAUGAAUUUUGAAGCCACCAAACACUUCCAUGUUUUCCCUAUUUAAAGACAGUUACAUAGUUACAUGAGUUAGUAUGGUGGCACAAAAUAA